ACAGUGCAAGACUGUUCACACGAUGCUGUUGAUCCUCAGACAGGGGUUCAUCUCCAUCCAGCUUAAGUUGGAGUUGCGCAGCGAGCAGAAGUACGUGAUUGUGGAAAUCAACAAUAAGGUGGAGCUGCUGGUGGGAAUGGAGUCGGAUCAGACAGAUGACCUACUGACGGGGAAAAUACGUCUGGCUCUUGGAGGGAUGCUGGUGGAUCAGAAGAGGCUCCUGCAUCCUUUUAAUCCUGAGAUGGAUGGAUGUAUACGAGCGGGAAAUUGGCUGAACCUGAGCACUCCCUGGGACACAGAGCUGAACUGGAAACCUUCGACUUGCUUUCCAGAGAUCAAGAAAGGCAGCUACUUUCCUGGAAGUGGAUUAAUUCUGUUUAAUACAUCUGAUCUUCCUGGAGUGGAGACAGAAGAGCGAGGAGUCACGAUUGAGGUGUACGGAUCUUGGCGUGGGACACUGCUGAGUCUCCAGAGCCUUGAUUUCCAGUACAUUCUACCUGGGGUUAAGGGGAAGGAGAGCAGGGGUCUCACUGUGGAGCUGAAGGAAGAAUCCAGUUCGAGCAACACUGCUGACUCCUCCAAGCUGACUCUGACCUUACUGAAACAUUCGCUUUUGUUAAACAGAGAAACAGAGCUGGAGAAUGAAAGCAUUGACUUCCUCUCGAGGUGGACGGAGGGGAUGAGCUUAGCAUUUGGCGGAGUGCCAGGUGAGAGUGAGGACUCAAAGACUGUGCACCACCUGCAGGGCUGUUUGGAAAAGAUUCUCAUUCAGGGACAAGACAUCGAUCUCGAUCGGGCUCUCUUCAAGCACAGGUCUAUCUCGUCACACAGUUGUCCCACAGAAGCAGUGAAUCAACUCACGGAUAAUUAGUACAUAGUUUUAUUGGGUUUUUUUUAAAAGAAAAAAGAAAGGGGCGUGGCCACACAUCCUCCCAACAAAUAAACUCACUGAAAUCAUUAUUACAGUUUGACCAAAUCUUUUCAGUAUUAUAUUACAGCAAAUGGACCCACAUUUGCCACCCCAUGUCCAAAAACCUGGACUUGUGAUUUACAUAUCAGUUCACAGUUCAGUUCUUGAGAUUAUUUGUAUCAGAUACUUUUCAUCUGUCAGUGAAGUAAAUAACCUUACAGCUAACAAUAACAGUAAUAGUCAUGUUACAGUAUCAGUGCUGAUCUGUUCAUCCCAGGACGUUCAC